AUGCCGCCCAAGAAGAAAUCUCUUCUCAAAGUCAUUAUACUUGGCGAUAGCAGCGUUGGGAAGACUUCUCUGAUGAAUCAAUAUGUGAACAAGAAGUUUUCAAAUCAGUACAAAGCAACAAUGCAGUCCUGCUGGAGCAGUGCCGUGCGCUCAGUUGGUGCGGACUUCCUCACGAAGGACGUUGUCAUUGACGACAAAGAAGUGACGAUACAAAUAUGGGAUACAGCAGGGCAGGAGCGAUUUCAGAGUCUGGGCGUCGCCUUCUACCGCGGGGCGGACUGUUGCGUGUUGGUGUUUGAUGUGACAAACCCCAAGUCGUUCGACAGCCUCGAGUCAUGGAAGGAGGAAUUCCUUAUUCAGUCGUCGCCUUCAGACCCGGACGCCUUUCCGUUUGUUGUUCUGGGUAACAAAGUCGAUGAAAAAGACAAGCGGCGCGUAUCCACGGCAAAAGCUGAGGCCUUUUGCGGCUCUAAGAUCAGUUACUUUGAGACCAGCGCAAAGCAGGCAACGAACGUUAGCGCAGCGUUCGAGGAGAUAGCGCGGAAAGCGAUGCAACAUGAGACGAAACAGGAACAGAUCUAUCUGCCCGAGACACUCACUCUCACGAACCAAGAGAUCCGCCCUCAACAUGUUCAGAGCAGCGGGGGCUGCUGCUGA